AUGUCUGACGAGGGAGGAGAAUUCCACAAAGAAUCUUCAAAUGAGCCACCUGGCUAUGAUCCUGAUGCUGAACAUUCGAAUUCCCACCAAGGAGGUCUCGCUCGAGCGAUCACCAACCAAUCAGCGAUGGAAAUACCAAAAAGCUUCUUGCAUGAGGUCAUAUUCAUCGCAGUGGUGUGUGCUGCCCAAUUCAUGACACAGUCUGGCCUUGCCAUUGCUAUUGUUCCCCUUCAUAUCAUCGGUGACAGCUUCCAUGUCACCAAUCCCGGCCAAUUAAGUUGGUACGCAGCCGCGUACAGCCUAACGGUUGGUACCUUCAUUCUGGUUGCAGGAAGGCUAGGGGACCUUUAUGGGCAUAAACUCAUGUUUAUCGGUGGUUUCGCUUGGUUUGGACUAUGGUCUAUCCUUGGAGGGUUCUCGGUAUGGUCGAACCAAAUAUUUUUCGAUAUUUGCCGCGCAUUUCAAGGAAUUGGACCGGCGUUUCUGCUACCAAACGCCCUGGCUAUUCUGGGACGCACAUACCCAGCUGGCCCUCGAAAGGAUAUGGCGUUUAGUAUCUUCGGCGCGACAGCACCAGGAGGAUUUAUCGUUGGAGGUGCUUUCUCGGCUCUACUAGCAGAGCGUGCCUGGUGGCCAUGGGGAUAUUGGAUCAUGGGAAUCGUUUGCAUAGCAUUCUCAGUCCUCGGAUUCUUCGCUAUCCCCGAUUCGCAGCCCCCCAAAGUAUCGGUUCAAAUCCCAUGGUGGGUCAAAUGUGAUCUACUAGGGGGCUCCCUCGGUGUCGCCGCCCUUAUUCUGAUUAAUUUCUCCUGGAAUCAGGGACCAACUGUCGGCUGGCCGACCGUCUAUGUCUACGUUCUUUUGAUCGUCGGUUUCCUAUGCCUAGCCCUAUUUUUGUGGGUCGAGUUCCACGCAACAUGUCCCUUACUGCCUCGGGAUGUUUUCACCGAGGAGGUUGCGUGGGUACUAGGUUGUAUCGCUGCUGGCUGGUCCAGCUUUGGAGUUGUGGUUUUCUAUUUCUUCCAAUUUAUGGAAGUCAUCAAGGGUGAUGCACCCCUUUUGGCGCUGGCGAAGUUCGCACCGGCGGCUGUGUCUGGUGCAAUCGCUGCAGUGACAACUGGCUUUAUUCUGGCCCGAGUACCUCCCAGUGCGAUCAUGUUGGCGGCUAUGCUUGCAUUUACAGGUGGCCAAAUCCUCCUGGCCACACUGCCUGUUCACCAAACAUACUGGGCCCAAGCAUUUGUCCUUUCUAUCUUGACCCCGUGGGGCAUGGACAUGUCCUUUCCAUCCGGGACAAUUAUCCUCAGCAAUAACAUGGCACGGGAGCAUCAAGGACUUGCUGCCUCACUCGUCAACACGAUUGUGAACUACUCUAUCUCGAUUGGGCUUGGGCUUGCUGGGACUGUCGAAACCCAAGUUAACCGCGGUGGUACGGACACAUUCCGAGGUUAUCGCGGUGCAAGCUACAUGGGCAUUGGCCUUGCUGGUCUGGGGGUUGGCAUCGCGACAAUGUUUGUCAUUCGAACCAUAACCAAACGCGACAAGACCAACUCUGCAACCCCAGCGGAUAUCUCGAAUAUGGAAGAUGGUUCAUGA